AUGGACAUUGUCAGUGGUAGUCGUGGUGCCAGUAUCCUCUCAUCGAUGAACACACUUUUUACUAGUUCAUCGUUUGAUUCAUUCGAUAUUCUCUACUCUCUACUAUUUGGUCUAUUCGUAUUUUGUAUUAUGGCGCCUACAACAGAGUUUAUUUCAGCUGGUGUAACAUUAGAGAAUAUUUUUAAUCGAUUUCUUGGCAAUGAAAAUAUGUAUUUUGUUCAGUAUCAUUUGAAAAGAACAGUUAUGGUACGAAUAUUUUCAUCUUCAUUAAUAUUUCUUUACUUUAUGUUCAUGCAAUCGCUAUCUAAGAAUGUUGCACUCGCUGCGCCGAAUACAUCGAUGCCAUUUACAAUAUGGGAUGUAAUUCUAUGGAUUGGUAUAGCCAGUUUAUCAAUUACAGGCGCACAUACUUAUUUAGUAUGGUAUGGAUCUGGUACUUGGUAUGGUCAUCCAACAAUUUUAUCUUUAAAAGAAAUCAUCACGGUGGAAUUAAGAUCUGAAAUACAAUCGUCAUCACCAUCAUCGUCAGAGGCAACCACAGCCGCAGCGAAUUCAUCGCGGUCACCAUCCUCCUCCUCCUCCUCCCCAUCAUCAAUUGGUAGUCUUGAUACUACUAUGAAAGCUGUCAUCUCUUCAAUCAAUGCUGAAUAUCAACGUGCUGAUAAAUUUGUCGCUGGACAUGGGAGUUUAUCAACGAAUUGGUCAGGUCGUCGAUUUAUUGUCACUAAUUCAUGGAUAUUAGCUACACGAUUAACAGAAUUUAAAAUUGUCAAACAGUCAUCAGAGAAUAUGCUUGCUAUCGUCGCCUCAGCAUUUUCUGUAUUAGAUCCAAGUUCGUUGACACAAGGUGGUCAACCAGAUGGGGAGAGUUUAGGCGAGCAGACAAUGGUGACGGUUAGAUUUGUACGUACAGAUACUGGAGUCUGUUUGCUUAGUUUUGGAUUACCUGCAUCGAAUUUAGACGAGUUGCGUAGUAAACUUCAGUGUUCCCUUAUACGUGCUCAAGGUGUUCAGCUGGAGCCGACAAUAAUCCAGCGUUUUAUUGAAGUAUUUACACAAAUUGUUGAUGAAAAUCCACCGGUUAAACUACCAGCUGAUUAUGAAUUGGAACAAUGCAUUGGCUGUAUGGUUCAUCAAGCAAAUGUGACACUGAAUCGUCAAUGUGAAACUUUUCAAACCUCUUCGACAUCUUCACCACCACCCCCACCACCACCGGCACAAGCGGCUAAUGAUAACAACAAUAAUAAUCAAUGCGGAACAUGCUAUUGUCGACCUCUGUGGUGUUUAGAAUGCCUAAUUCGUUGGUUUGCUUCACGUCAGACAAACAGUCAUCGUCCACCGAAUCAAUGGCUAUCAGGACGUGUACCAUGUCCAACUUGUCGGACAUAUUUUUGUGCACGUGAUGUUUCACGACUUGUUAUCAGUAGUCAGCAAUAA